UUUCAGAUAUAAGGAUGCCGAACUGGGGAGGUGGAGCCAAAUGCGGUGCCUGUGAAAAGACAGUGUACCACGCUGAGGAAAUCCAGUGCAACGGAAGGAGUUUUCACAAGACAUGCUUCCUCUGCAUGGCUUGCAGAAAAGCUCUGGACAGCACCACAGUAGCAGCUCACGAAUCUGAAAUCUACUGCAAAACCUGUUACGGGAGAAAAUACGGUCCCAAAGGUAUUGGCUUCGGACAAGGGGCAGGAUGUCUCAGCACCGAUACUGGUGACCAUCUGGGCUUGAAUCUGCACCAGGGAUCACCAAAGUCUGCUCGCCCUUCUACACCGACUAAUCCUUCAAAGUUUGCCAAAAUGACGGUAGAUGUGGAUAAAUGUCCUCGUUGUGGCAAAUCAGUGUAUGCUGCAGAGAAGAUCAUGGGAGGAGGAAAACCUUGGCAUAAGACAUGCUUCCGCUGUGCUAUUUGUGGGAAGAGUUUAGAAUCUACGAAUGUUACAGACAAAGAUGGAGAGCUCUACUGUAAAGUUUGCUACGCAAAAAAUUUUGGUCCCAAAGGAAUUGGGUUUGGUGGCCUCACUCAAGUGGAAAAGAAAGAGUGUGAAUGAGAAGAAAUGGAUGCAGGAGACUCAGGCUGCUGUUGCUACCAAGUGAUAGUUGUCAAGUAAAAUAUUAAACAUCACAUAUUGCUAAGA